CACACACACACACACACACACACAUUUACAUUAUAAUGAAACUGGAACAAUGUACUGAGUGUAGAUAAGAGAAACCUAAAAAGGUCUCUUCAGGCUGGUAUCGAUCUGAUCUUAUCAUUACUAUUAGGAUUGAUCUUCCUACAUCUAAUACACAUUCUCCACCAAUUCCAACACUCCACCUGUAAAAGAGAAAGUAAAGCCUGCUACCACCUGCUACCUGCAUCCUGCUGAUUCUUCUGAGAACUUUAAACGGAGGCUACCAACAGAACCUUAUCAACUUUUUAUUUUAUUUAAAUGUAAAUUAUACUGAAGAUUUUCUUCUCUCUCCAAGGAAAUCUGUAAAAACUCCACACGAGUCUUCCAGGCAUCAUGAUCCUCCUUUCUAUUUCCAUCUUCUGGCUCUCUGUCUGUGUGGACCCCAUCAGUGCAGAUCCUCCCAUUACUGUAGAAGCUCAUGUGGGUUCCACAGCUCUCCUGCCAUGUAGCCUGAGUAAAGACUUCACCCAAACAUCAGUUAUUCGGUGGCGUGCUGAUAAUGAGAUUGUGUUUGAGAGAAGCUUUGAUGAUACAGAUGUGGGUCCAGGAUAUAAAGGACGUGUGGACGUUCCUGUGGACGAGCUGCGUAAAGGAAACUGUUCUCUGGUGUUGAAGGACGUCAGAAUCACUGAUCACACUUUCUACAGAUCCUUUAUAGUGGAACAUGUGGAGGUUACAAACACUGACAAAAUACAAGAAAUCAACACAGUUCAACUCGAUGUUUUUCAGAGUGUAUCAGCUCAGGUGGGAUCCACAGCAGUGCUGCCAUGUGACUGGAGACAUCUGUCCAUCCAAACACCUCAUGUUGAGUGGCGUAUUGGUGAUGAGAUUGUGUUUGAGCGAGAGGGUAAAGAGUCAUUUCAGGGUAAAGGAUAUGAGGGACGUGUGGACGUUCCUGAGGAGGAGCUGCUUAAAGGAAACUGUUCCCUGGUGUUGAAGAACGUCAGUGUUACUGAUGAAACUCUGUACAGCAGCUACAUUUUAAUGACGGACACAAAGAAACCUGUGUUGGUCCAGAACAUUAAACUCUCAGUCAGUGAAAGAUCUGAAGAAAGGAAAGAUGAUCCAUCAGCUCCCUCAGAUGAAGCUGGUGGAAUAAACCCGGAAAUCAUCAUCAUCAUCAUUUCCAUCGUGUUUUGUGCUCUUUUCAUACGGUAGAAAUCUCAGAUCACAGAAUAUCAGAAAGGAGGAAGUUUGUUUCCUUUAAACCAACAAGCGGAAACACCACAAUUUCAGCACAUGAGACUCAUUUGCAUAUACUGUAUCUUUUUUUAUAUUUAUAUUUUAUUUCAUAAAAUAUAUUGAAUAAAGAUCUCUGCCCAAUGUAAAUGUAUUUUGCUCUUUAAUGGAAGUGUAAAGGUCUUUGGAGGGAUGUGUGUGUGUUUUUGUGAUUUUUAUUUCACUUCCUCUAAAUAGGUGCAGCUUCAUUACAUUGACUUAAAGACACUCCUUUAAUUUACAGUCUACAAUUUUAUUUAUAAACCAAAAUAUCCCAGGAAAGUACACACUCACCUGAUGCCAUAAGAAGAAACUUAAGGGAACAACCUUUACCUUUUGGAGAUUAUUUUUAAUCUUACAUAUUGCAGAUUCUCACAUUGUGAUAUUUCUAUAUUAGAUCAUGAUGAUAAAACCUUCAGAACCCGUUUAACUUGUUUUUAUACACACAUCCCCCCAGCAAACACACACACACACACACACACACACACACACACACACACACACCUGCUUGUUAUUUUUAAGAUAAAACUAAACAUUUACAAACCAUUCAUGGCAUUUUGUCUUAACUGUAUUGAUGAUUCUUACACAUUGAGUACUGUUAUUAGAAUUUUUAUUCUGCUUUUUAACACAGUCCUGAACUUUGCUUACAGUUGCAUUAAACUGCUUUCAGUGGCCACCUGAUCAUGGAAAACACAUAUCAAUACAUUACCCAUGUAACUUUAAACACACCAACCAAUGUGUCGAGGUGUACAGCAGGUGACAUCACAUUUGUGAAAGUAAAAGUAAAAUGCUCUGUAGGCUAUUUAGAUACUCGUUCAGUUUAUCAUCUCCAGGCUGAUCUACAUGAAUCACAGCUGCAUAACAUAACAUAGAG